UUUUUCUCAUCUCACCAGCACUGACAGAAUUCUUUCUUAUUUUUCCUUUUGAGUUACUACAAUUCAGGCCUACUUGGUUAACAAUGAAGCAAGUUCAAUUCCCAUUUCUUCUUUUCUUGAUCUUCUUCCUCCAUUGCACCAAAACUUCUGCUCAGUCUCCACCACCAUCAGGCCCUACAAACAUCACAGGAAUCCUUGAGAAAGCUGGCCAGUACACCACUUUCAUUAGGCUACUAAAAAGCACACAAGAGGCUGACCAAAUCAACUCACAAGCUAACAACUCCAACCAAGGCCUUACCAUCUUUGCACCAACAGACAGUGCUUUCUCAAGUCUCAAAUCAGGCUCACUGAACUCUCUCGCUGAUCAGCAAAAAGUCCAGCUAGUGCAAUUCCAUAUCCUCCCUUCUCUCUAUUCUAUAUCACAGUUCCAAACUGUGAGCAACCCUUUGCGUACACAAGCUGGUGAUAGUUCCAAUGGCCAGUUCCCACUAAAUGUAACCACAUCAGGAAACCAAGUGAACAUAACAACUGGGGUUGUCGAUGCAACAGUGGCUAAUACUGUAUAUUCAGAUAGCCAGCUUGCUGUUUAUCAGGUGGACAAAGUGCUCCUUCCAUUGCAGCUUUUUAAAAAAGCUGUAUCACCAGCUCCAGCGCCAGCGGAGAAGCCUAAGAAGAGAGUUUCGGGUUCAGAUGCUCCUACAAAGUCUACUGGUGAUGCCUCUGUUGAUAGUUCUGAUGCAAUGCGUUCAAACCACCCAGCAAUCACAGUGAUAUCCUUUGGAGUUGCAGUUAGUGCCGCAUUUUAUUCUUUGUUGUUAUAAUUUUUUUUUGUGUUUGUUUAUCAUGAUGAGAUCUUGUUCGAGCAGUUAUAAGUGUUACUAAACUAAGUCACUUUUUUUUUUGAAUAAUCUCUAUGUCACCAUUGCCUAUUUUUGUUGAUUCAAUGUAAGAUGAAGGUCCCCUGAGGUGGUGAUCACAUAGGAGGAAAUUUUGAGGGAAUUACAAUAACCUAAAUGUUUUGAGA